CUUCCUGUGAGCCGUUAAAGAUCCCCCCACAUCUCAAUAUGUAGUGAAACUCUUCUAUUUCUGUAUCUAGCUAUCCUUUAAAAAUAUGACGGAGUUUUUAAUCAAGCUCUACAUCCCAUAUGCUUUAUUAUUUGUAUCGUAUCAUUCUGAGCUUUCGAGGUUUUCGUCUGCGACCGCACAAGAUUACGAUGAGUCACUGGAGCUCACGCUGUCAGACGAUGCAGUGUCUGACUUGGAGAACAGCCCGAAGUUUGUGGAGUCAGAAGACCUCAGCUCUCUGCCAAAGAGGCAGUUUAAGACCGCCGAGAUUGCAGAUGCUGUGAUGGGGACGGAAGCCCCCAUUGAUCGAUCGAACAUUGAGUCCCUCUUCCCUAAAAAUGUGAAAGACUUCCAGACAGGCUUCUCUCCACCUUGUGAUGAGUACAGUGCGCAGUGUGGGUCACCUGCUCUGGCUGCUAAAGAAGCAUCAAUGGAGGAGACGAGCACAGAAUCCACACAACAGGUCACUCUUGACAUAGUGCAUGCCGAAAUGUCAUCAACUGAGGAGCAGAACACGACAGAGACCACAAAGACAUACAAGGUGAACUGUGAUAAGAGGAACAUCACAGGAAUGGAGACGUUCAGUGUGCAGGUCCUCAACGUCUCACAGGACCUGAUGGAGUUCCUGAAUGCUAACAGCACAGAGUGCUCUGUGGUGCUGUUUUUCACAGCCUGGUGUCAGUUCUCAGCUAACCUGGCACCUCACUUCAACGCCCUGCCUCGAGUCUUUCCCAUCAUGCACUUCUUGGCACUGGAUGCCUCACAGCACAGCAGCCUCUCCACGCGCUUUGGGACUGUGGCAGUGCCAAACAUCCUGCUGUUCCAGGGGGCCAAACCCAUGGCUCGCUUUAACCACACCGACAGAACGCUGGAGACGCUCACCUCCUUCAUCGCGAACCAAACAGGGUUUGAAGCUGGCCCAGACGGAAACGUGAUGGAUGCAGACCGUCUCGGCCCCCUCCCCAGUGAACCACUGAAAAGCAUCGACUGGCUGCUGGUCUUCUCUGUCCUCUUCAUCGUAGGCUUUUCUCUGUACGCCAUCCUGCGGACAGACAGCAUCCGCUGGCUUAUACCAGGACAGGAACAUGAGCAUCAGGACUGAAAACGGACUGCAAGUCAUUGGCUCUUCAGAUUGAGUUUGUCUUUAAAAUAAACAGUGGCUACUUUG